AUGAGCAACACCGCCGCCACAGACGACUCCGACAGCCCCAUCGGGGACACGGCCCUAGGCGGGUUCGGGUACGGAGUGGGGCUCUCCGUGGCCGUCCUCGCCAUCUUCGUCGUCAUCACCUACUUCUCCUACAAGUGCAAGAAAUCACCACCCCCAAAUUCCCUCUCCUUCUCCUCCUCCUCCUCCUUCCGCAGCCGCUACUUCGCCGGCGAUCACGGCGCCGGCGCGCCGGUGCAGGUCGUCGUCCGGAGCGACGGCCUCGACGCGGCCGCCAUCUCGGCCAUCCCGCUAUACACCUACGGCGGCGCCGGCGCCGGCGCAGCCGCCGCGGGCGGCUGCGCGGUGUGCCUCGGGGAUUACAAGGAGGGCGAGGAGGUGAGGCUGAUGCCGGAGUGCGGUCACGUGUUUCACCGGAGCUGCAUUGAUCCGUGGCUCAUGAUUCACCCCACCUGCCCUGUCUGCCGGAGUACGCCGGUGGUGGCGGUGGCGGCGGUAGAACAGCCUGCAACAGUUGCCAAUCAAUAA